ACGCGGCCGAUUGCGACCCCGCCCUCCCCACCCGCACGCGCAUCGCAUUUCCUGCUCCGCCGCCGCCGUCCGCGCGCAUCGGGGGCGCCCCGGUCGGCGAUGUGGCGGUGCUAUGCUGGGCGGGCUCCUCAGGUUCCUCUCGGCGUGCGGCGGGUCCUGGCAGACCUCGCCCGCGCCGCCCCACGCCGCGCCCCCGCCGGCCUCCGACCCCUCCUCCGACGCCUCCGCCUCCGCCUCUGAGGGCCGCGACGGCCUGCUCUGGUGGCGCGACCUCGCGCGCUGCGCCGCGGGCGACGUCUCCGCCGCGCUCGUCCAGGCCAACCAGACGCUCGAGGACCAGUGCCGCCUCCACUCCGCCCCGCCCCUCGGCACCCUCCUCGCCGUCCUCGACGGCCACGCCGGCCACGCCGCCGCCCGCUUCGCCUGCGACCACCUCCUCCCCACCCUCCUAGAGGCCGCGUCCGGCCCGGGGGGCGUCACGGCGGACGCCAUCAGGGACGCCUUCGCGGCCACCGAGGCGGCCUUCAUCGCGCAGGUCUCCAGCCAGUGGGACACCAACCCGGACCUCGCCACCGUCGGCUCCUGCUGCCUCGUCGGCGUCGUGCACGAGCGCACCCUCUUCGUCGCCAACCUGGGGGACUCCCGGGCCGUCCUGGGGAAGAAGGUCGGCCGCUCCGGCCAGAUCGUCGCCGAGCAGCUCUCCACCGAGCACAACGCCAAUGACGAGGCCGUCCGGCAGGAGCUCAUGGCCCAGCACCCCGAUGACCCGCAGAUCGUCGCGCUUAAGCAUGGGGUCUGGAGAGUGAAGGGCAUCAUACAGGUGUCGCGGUCACUCGGUGAUGCGUACUUGAAAGACGCAAAGUAUAACACGGAACGGAUCAAGCCCAAGUUCAGAGUCUCUGAGCCAUUCAGCAGACCUAUAAUGAGCGCCGAACCAACCAUCGUCUCGCGCAGCCUUGAACCAAGUGACUGUUUCGUCAUAUUUGCCUCAGAUGGCUUGUGGGAGCACUUGACUAACCAGGAAGCCGUAGAGAUUGUUCACAACAAUCAGCGCGCUGGGAGCGCAAAAAGGCUCAUAAAAGCAGCACUCCAAGAAGCAGCGCGGAAACGUGAGAUGCGGUACUCAGACCUCAUGAGGAUCGACAAGAAAGUCCGCCGGCAUUUCCAUGACGACAUCACUGUCAUUGUCCUAUUCAUAAAUCACGAGCUGUUAGCCAAAGGAAAUGCGCAAGUGCCGCCCCUUUCCAUCAGAUCCGCCUUAGACCACUGAUCAUGAACCACUUCACCCAUGGAUGCUCAGUUCCUGUGAGCAGAAAUCGCCUGUGAGAUAGAUGGCUUCUUCAACAACCAGUCUCUGUGAACAGUGCAGAAAUCGCCCGCCUGCAGCAGUUUUCCUUUCCUCGUCUUACUUUUCUCUUGGUUUUGCACAUAAAAUUUGACUACUUGUUAAGUUGCCAGUUUUCCCCAAAGCUGCCGGGUUCCCCCCUCGUAUCGUAUCGAUGUCGGAUAAAUGUGGAUAGUCUUCAGGCCUGGAGAUUUGCCUAGAGUUUAUGGGGGAACCUCUUCUUCCUUCCUAGAAAGAUGUUGAUGAGGGAGCCUUGUUAAGGAUGUUGUAACCGUAAAUUGAUUCGUUCUCGGAGCUUACAAUAAUCUGUUGUUAUCUC